AUGUGCAACCUCACCCUCACCUUUUGCCCAACCUGUUCGAAGGUUGCGGCUCCAUCUCUAGUCGAAAAGUGCGCUGACCGAUCUGACGCAGCCCACACUCCCAUUACUACCAAAAUCACUGCCAUGAACCCUUGCAUUCGAUGCAGCAAUCGCAACCAACCAUCCAAUCCCACCGGCGUCCUCACUCGAGACAUCCUCGAAGACAUGUGCUUGAAAAUCCCCGAAUGGCAUCCCACUACACCACAGGAGCCCAUUCCUGGGAUUCUUCCAAACUGGAAUUCCGAGACCUUGACUCGCGCUCAAGAUCAAGAACUCUUCUUCGAACACAUCACACAGAGCCACAGCUUAGAAGUCAAGAAUCGACAAGAUUUGCCAAGUCAACGUAGUGGAUUCCCGUUGUGUUUGAUUGCUGGAAUCAAGCAGAGACCUUCACCUGUGAAUCGAGGACUUGCGAGAUCACGGCCAGAGAGAUCAAAGUUUACUUCACCCCCACUAUCUUGGAACAACAACCCUAGAACUAGAAGACUUGGUGUUGCGCCAGCACCACGAGUUGCAUCACUUCAAACAGACUCUACGCCGUCGGGAACACCCGAUCGUUUGGUCCCAGGGGGAAACCAUCAAAGAAGUCAAGCUCAAGAGGAAUCUUCCAUCGUAUCUCCACCACUCAGACUCCAAAUCCCACCUCAAAGACGAUCUUCCAGUGGAACCCAAGGUCCAGAAUCCACCCCCUUAUCAGCCUCAUCAUCCACACCAUCCCGUUCCGAAUACCCUCUCUCAGAAUCAUCAAUCCAGAAAGAGACAUUCAGCCCCCUAGCCUUCGCUCAAAUCCCCACGCAUUACGACACACGACGACCUUCCAUUCCCACACCUUCUCGCGUUCCUCCAACCCAACCACAACUCCAAGCACGCGAAAAACACGAGACUAUCAACCAAAUAUCUCCACGCACUCGAGAAUAUCAAAAAGAACUCAAACGUCAAAAUCUCGAGAGCGAACGAAUGCGUAUAUUGCAACAACUCGAUGCGCCGCCACGACAUGUCAAGGAUGUAGAAUUCAAGAGCGUACGACCCAAGCGUAGCUUGAGAUUGCUUCCGAGUCUUCCAUCGUUCGGUUCCUUACGGUUUGAUGUUUGA